GAGGAGAUGAAGAAGAAGGAGGAGCAGGACCAGAAGGAGAAGGAUCUCCGGGACAGGAUUGAGAAGAGGGAGAGGAGAAGGUUCAGAGAGGAUCCAGAGGUUGAGCGGAAGAAAAGGGAGGCAUCAGCUGAUGAGAAAAGAAAGACACGUGAGGAUUCGCCUGAGAGGAAAAGGAAACCAAGGGGAGAAAGCCCGUUAAAGGCUGAGCAUUUGGAUUACGACAAGCUGGACUUCGAGGCUAUGGAGGAAAAACAGGAUAAAGAUGAUGAUGAGGAUGAGAGUGAGGAUGAGAAUGCUCUCAGACUAAAGGCUCUGGAAACUCAGGCGAGAAACCUGAUCCCUCACUACCUAAGCCCAGCAAAGGAUGACAGAGUGCGUGAGGAUUCCAACAAGGCAAUUACAAGCAGAAAGGGAAGACGGGGUUCAGACAGUUCGACCGAAGCAAGGAAAUAUCGGUCUCCAUCUCCAGCAAAGAAAAGGAGAAGUUCCGGUGGACGUGGUAGGUCUAGGUCGGGAGGUAGAAGGAGGUCAGGAUCACGUGACCUCAAGACCUCCAAGAAGAGGUCGAGGUCAAGGGACAGGAAGAAGAGGUCGACAUCAGGUGGUAGAAAAAAAAGAUCUCCGUCAACUGGGCGGAAAAGACGAUCAAUCUCUGGCGGACGACGGAAGAGAUCUGCAUCCGGUGAACGGAGGAAAAGAUCUAUUUCCGGCGGAAGUAAGAAAAGAUCUCCUUCCGGUGAAAAGAAGUCCUCAAGGAAAGAAAUGGAAAGAGGAUCACCGUCACCGUCUCCUCGCAGAUCUAAAUCUCAGGAGAAGAAAUCCACUAAGAAACGAUCAAAAUCAAAAGAUCGAAAAUCCCGUCAAGAUCGAUCCAAGUCAGGCGAUCGUGGCAAAGGCCGCCGAAAUAGGUCAGAGUCUGGAGAAAAGUCUAAAACGCGGAAACGAUCAAAAUCUCCCUCAAAAAAACGAGAUCGUAAAAGGGAAUCACGCAGUCCUCAGCGCAGCUCUCGCAAACGAUCCGUUUCUAACAGAUCACGAUCGGCGAAGAAACGAUCUCGUCGCAGCCGAUCCUAAACUUCUCAGCACAUUUGCAAUGUUUUUUUUGUAUUCAAGCUUGGAAACUUUAAUCGGAAAUUAAAGUGAUUGUUCACCUAAUUUCUAGUGACCCUUCAUUUAAAUUUGGCGUUAUGGGCUAUAUCUCAUUUACGACAGUUGUUUAUCUUACAAAAAUCAAUUCAACCUACAUAUUACAUAAAUUAUCGUUUCUAGAUCUUCAAGGAGAUUUUUAAUGAGGAGUUACUUUGUAUUUUGGUAACAGUAUCUAAGCACUGUGUUUAGUUUUGAUUCCAUCUGAUUAAAUGUCACUAAAACAUAAUUUGAAAUGUCAAUAAUAAAUAAAUGUAGAUUUUGCAAUUAAAAAGAAACUUUUUUUCAGAA